CCUCAUGCAAAAUAAAAUUAAGGUGACAAACUUUGCGGUUACACGGUGUGACGCAGGGAGAGGCUUUUGUUUUUUUUUAAUAAAACAGAUUAGAUGCAAGAUUGACAUUCGAACAGCGACAUUCCACAACGGUGUCACCGUUCAAGGGACGUCAGAAAAAAAACAUACUUUUUUUGUACUUUGAGGGAAAAAAGGAAAAGGAAAGGAGUUCGAAUGGAUCCGCUGCUGUAUCUCGGAGUUUUGGUUAUUCUGUUUCUGUUAUGGAUCAAAGUAAAAGGUAUAGAUUAUGUUAUAAUUCACCAGCGCUGGAUCUUCGUCUGCCUGUUUCUCCUGCCUUUAUCCGUCAUUUUUGAUGUGUACUACUAUGUGCGAGCCUGGAUCAUCUUUAAGGUGUGCUCUGCACCAAAGCUGCACGACCAGAGGGUCAGAGACAUUCAGAGGCAGGUUUGCGAGUGGCAGAAAGAGGGAGGGAAGACACGCAUGUGCACAGGCCGUCCUGGUUGGCUCACUGUGUCUCUGAGGGUGGGGAAAUAUAAGAAGACCCACAAGAACAUCAUGAUCAAUAUGAUGGACAUUCUGGAGGUGGACACGAAAAGACAGGUGGUACGUGUGGAGCCCUUGGCAAGUAUGGGUCAAGUGACAGCCUUGCUGAACUCCAUUGGCUGGACACUGCCUGUAUUGCCUGAGCUUGAUGAUCUCACAGUAGGGGGUCUGGUAAUGGGCACGGGUAUUGAGUCCUCUUCUCAUAUUUAUGGGCUGUUCCAGCACAUCUGCGUGGCCUAUGAGCUUGUGCUGGCAGAUGGCAGUCUGGUCCGCUGCACUGAGAAAGAGAACUCUGAGCUGUUCUAUUCAGUUCCGUGGUCCUGUGGAACCCUGGGCUUCCUUGUGGCUGCUGAAAUCCGGAUCAUUCCAGCUCGGAAGUGGGUGAAGCUGCGUUACAAGGCUGUACAUGGUUUGGAUGCGAUUUGUAAGACGUUUGCCGAGGAGUCAGCCAACAAGGACAAUCAGUUUGUGGAGGGACUGCAGUAUUCACUCAACGAGGCUGUGAUUAUGACCGGAACCAUGACUGACAAUGCAGAGCCUGACAAGAUCAACCGCAUUGGCCACUACUACAAGCCCUGGUUCUUUAAGCAUGUGGAGAAGUUUCUGAAGGAGGAUUCCGGUGCUGUGGAGUACAUCCCACUCAGACACUACUACCACAGACAUACACGCAGCAUCUUCUGGGAGCUACAGGACAUCAUCCCUUUUGGGAAUAACAUGUUGUUCAGGUACUUGUUUGGCUGGAUGGUGCCUCCUAAGAUCUCUCUGCUGAAACUCACUCAAGGAGAGACCAUCCGCCGCCUAUAUGAGCAGCACCACGUGGUGCAGGACAUGCUGGUGCCCAUGAAGCACAUCAAGACAGCCAUCACACGCUUCCACCAGGACAUUCACGUGUAUCCCCUCUGGCUGUGUCCAUUCAUUUUGCCCAAUCAGCCAGGCAUGGUACACCCCAAAGGAGAUGAGGAUGAGCUGUAUGUGGACAUUGGGGCAUAUGGGGAGCCCAAGGUCAAACACUUCGAGGCCCAGGCCUCCACACGGCAACUUGAGAAGUUUGUGAGAGAUGUUCACGGUUUCCAGAUGCUUUACGCUGAUGUGUACAUGGAACGGCAGGAAUUCUGGGAAAUGUUUGAUGGCACCCUGUAUCAUAAGCUUAGGAAGGAGCUGGGCUGCAAGGAGGCAUUUCCUGAAGUCUAUGACAAAAUCUGCAAAGCUGCAAGACACUGAUUUCAGUCCUCACUGAAAUAAAGCACGACUUCACAUGUGGCCUUUCUGAGUAAGCUAAAAAAAAGGGGGUGGAAAAAAGCACAAAGAAAUUAUGCUUAAGUGAAAGUAUGAGUGCUGUGUCCAAAAGCACUCAAAUAAUAGCGGAAUUGAGGAGCAAAAAAUGCAGUUUAGUGAAAGUCAAGAAGUAUCUACACUUAAACAUACAAGUACAAAAUAAAUGUUUUACCAAGAAAAUUAGACGUUUCUGGCUGAAUUAGCUGUUUUAUAUCUUUUCUGAAUUUGGCUGAAUGUUAAAAAAAUAAAUAAAUAACAACAACAACAACAAUAAAUAAUAAUAAUAAUAAUAAUAAAUACAUAUAUAAAUAAUGCACCAGGAAUAAACUCCUGGCCUUUGAGAUUAGAGUACUCUGAAGGUUUAAAUGAAGAUUUAAGAAUAAAAAAGUGCUUUUUUUUUUCUUGGAAAUGUAGUUGAGUAAAACAUACAAGCAUUCAGUUUCAGUAAUGGCUGAGUAAAGUACAAAUCUUCUAAAAUAAUACUUAAGAAUAGUUACAAAGUACACUUACUUCAGUAUUUUCCACCCCUGCAAAAUACAGUGUUAAUAAUUUUCGAUCAAAUCAGUUUAUUUUUACAUUUUGGAACAACCAGCCAACUGCUUCUGAGCCUUUUUGCGUACAACAAACACAAAAUCAGUCCACAUUCAAAAUAUGUAUUAAAGGGGCACCUUUAACAAAAUGUAACCACUGCUUCAUCUAGAAAUAAAGGUGACUAGUAUACAUGACUACAACAAUGUGACACUUAAUGUUCUCAUAGACUGUACCAUCCUCAGGUUUCUAGGAUCAGUUCUGGGGAUGUGGAUGUAUUUCAUUCUUCAUCGCACCUUCGUUGCUUUUUAGUGCUUCAGUUUCAAUAGAGUGGGAUUUUCUAGACCUUUUUGAUGAUGAUUUUUGAUGAAAAACUGCUUUAGGAUGGGUACUUAAGAGCAGGCUGUUAGAAAUGCUAUUUUUUCUGCUAGAAGGCUAAUGCAGAAGGACGCCAGAUAGCUAGAAGCUAAAUAUAACAUCUGUAUAGAUUAGUUAGCUAGGUGGGAGUGCCCCUUUAAGCAUAUUGUGAUCCAAAUGCAGGCAGCAUAUUUGUCCAAAAUUGUAAAAACAAGAUUUCAUACAUAUUUUUCAUAAAUGUUUUCAGACACUCUGUAUUGUUCUUUCCCUUCUGUCUCUAGUGAUGAUGCCUUUUUGCUAAGUAGAUAUAUAGAGAUUAAUAUUCUGUGUCUUUUUCCUUUCUCUAAAUUGUCAUCCUAAUAAGAUUUUUGAAUGAACCGCUUUUGCCUUAAGGUUGUUUUCAAUGUGUGGCCAAUACUGGUUGAAAUACUCAAGUUUGCAACCUCUGUCAAUAGGAGGGAGCUGUUUUUCCAUAAGUGCCACCCAUGAAAGCUCCUUAAUUAAAUUUUUACAAAUGACUAAACAGGUCAAAUUACAGACUGGCUGAGUGUGCCUCAUAGUUACUCUAAAGCGCACACACACACACACACACACACACACACACACACACACACACACACACACACACACACACACACACAGACAGACAUACACACAUCAGCUUCUUGUGUCUGUUCCCUGCCCAGUAUCAUAACUCUUAUGUACACUAUAUGUCUGGAGGUCUGUAGGCACCUUCUCAUUCAAUGUUUCUUCUGAAGUCAAGGGUGUUCAUAGGGAGUUUUGCCUUUGGUGCAGUAACAGCCUCUACUCUUCUGGGAAAGCCUUACGCCAGAUGUUGGAACACUGCUGUGAGGAUUUGAUUGCAUUUACUCACAAGAUCAUUAGUGAGGUCGAGUACUGAUUUUGGGUGAUCGGUUCUGGAUCACAAAUCCCACUCAAGCUGUACCACUUCAGAGAAUGCAGUUCCACUAUGCCACAGCCAAGGCUGGAGUGCACUGAAAAGGAGCUGAAUUCACUAUUAGAGGGGUGCCUGGAUACUUACGAACAAACAAUGUACCACUUCAACAACUUUUCAGCCAUGAAUGUCUUCAAACCUCUUUUGUUCUUUAGAGAUAAUGGACUUUUUUGGCUAUAGCCUUGUGUUAUACAUAGCUCCUCCAGUAUACCUCUUUCACCUUUGUUUGUUUUGUUGUUGUUUGUUGAUGUGCACCUCUUUCAGCAUAUUUGUUCGCUGUUUGUUUCAUUCUCCAUCGCACCUUCGUUGCUUUUUAAAGUGUUUUUUUUUUCCUAGUUAUGGUGAUUUAUAUAUAAAAGAAUACAAUUCCAAGCUCUUUUUAAGUCAGUGGGUUGUACAAAUAACAAGAACACAUUGGUAUAUGAUACAUUGGAAAUGAAUGUAUUUUUAAAAGGUAAAAAUGGCUUCUUAAGCAUAAGCUUGACUAAUUCAGGCAGUAACGUGUUUAGGUAGUAACUAUGUGUAUGUGUGUUUCAAGGUACUAGUAAGUGUUAACUAUGCUGGAGAGCACAUUUGUCCUCCUCUGAAGGGGCCCACGGGUUGCACCAGGAAGGAUCUCCUAUCCAAAGGAACAUUGACGGGCCUGAGUCUCUCCCUAACAAACAAUAAAAGACCUCACAUUACAAUA